AGGAUCCGAUUCGGACAGCAACCAGAAUCAUAUUCCCGUGUUAGUGAUAAACAUCUGUUAUUUAAAAGAAAAAAAAGAAAACGAUGGCUAUGGCGAUGGCGAUGGUUAUUCUAUUCUUCUUCUGAGUGGAGGUGUCAUUAUUAUGUGAUUUGCAUGAAAUAUAAAUUAGAAGGUAAAUAGAAGAUGAGAUGACUGAAUUUAAUGGAUUCCUUCGAAAUGGUCGGCCCGUAGACAAAAGUAUUUCAUUUGGUGGGUAGAUUUUCUUUUACUUCUGCAAAUUGAGAGCAACUGUAAAAAAAAGAAAAAAGAAAAAAGAAAAAGGGAAACAAAAUGUUGCCUUCAGAAUUUCUUGCAUGUGUUUCUGGACUUGAGCGGUUCAAAUUUCAAAGCAAGGGAAAAGGGCGGAGGACCAUCAGCCGUCAGCCAUCUUAUUUACCAGUAGGCAGCAGCUACGCUGUGUCUCUGCUUGCUUUCUAUAAAUAAACCCAAACAAUAACAAAUAUCUCAAUAGCGCGUCCUCUGUAUUUCUCGACACCUACUCGUCAUUCAAAUAACGCUAUUUCCUAAUUUUUCUUUUUUUUUCUUUGUCCAUUUUCACAGCAUUAACAGAGCAUACACACUCUUCUCUUCUUCGUCGUUUCCUUAAAAUCUGUGUUUAUCUUUUGUCAUUUCUGUUGUUUAUUUAUGUCUUUCUCUCAUCCCCAAUUCUCUGCUCACUUAUGAUCUCCAAACUCAUCCCCUUCCAACGGCCAGCUUCACAAUGGUCACCACAAAUCACCGAACCCAUCAUUCUCCAGCUUCCCGCGUUUUAAUUGUGGGCAAUUACUGUCACGAUGUCUUGAUCCAGGACGACAUCGUUCUAGGUGAAUCUCUAGGCGGCGCAUCCUCCUUCAUAGCCGCUGUUCUCAAUGGGUUGUCUGUUCCUUGUAAUUUGAUCUCCAAAGUUGGUAAUGAUUUUAAAUAUCAAGUUAGUCACACCCCAAUUGUUAUUUCCUCUUCUAAAACAACUACCUUUCAUGCCUAUUUUGAUUCCCCUGGUGUUGUACAUGAAAAUGGAAACCAAGAUCGGGUCUUGAAACGGGUAUGUGCUUCUGACCCUAUUACACCAAGGGAUCUCCCUGAUGGGAAGUUUAAUUUUGGAAUGGCAGUUGGAGUUGGUGGAGAGAUACUAUCUGAAACGCUUGAAAGAAUGAUUGAGAUAUGCGAUGCUGUUCUUGUUGAUAUUCAAGCUUUGAUUAGGGAUUUUGAUCAUGUUGAUGGUACUGUUAAGCUUGUCGAGUUGAGCAAAACUAGAUUUUAUUCUUUAUUGCCUAGAAUUGGGGUUUUGAAGGUGUCAUCUGAGGAGGCUAUGUUUAUGGAUGUGGAAGAGGUGAGGAAGUGCUGUUGUGUGGUUGUGACUAAUGGGGAAGAUGGGUGUAAGGUUUACUGGAGAGAUGGUGAGAUGGGAAUUUUGCCUUUUUUGGCUAAUCAACAAGAUCCUACUGGUGCUGGGGAUAGUUUCUUAGGUGGCUUUGUUGCUGGCUUGGUUCAAGGUUUGGCUGUUCCUGAUGCUGCCUUGCUUGGAAAUUUCUUUGGUUCCCUCACUGUUGAACAAAUUGGGUUGCCCAAGUUUGAUUCCAGGCUGCUGCAGAGGGUGAAGGAUGAAGUUGAGAAGAGGAAAUUGCAGUGUUUGAAUCAUGAAAGAAGCGAUGGGGAGCUAGAGUUCUUGAAGCCAGAAGGGCAUGAACAGUUCCAUUCUUCCAUUGAUGCAGCAAAAUUAAUAAGCCCUGAUUCCAUUCAAGAAUCAAGAGAUAUGGAGGAGGAUAUCUUGCCAGCUUGUAAUGGCAACUUAAAUUAGCAGUUAAUCCUCCAGUUUAUGAUGAAUCAAUGCCAAGAGCCGAGGAAAGCAGCUACACGACCCUGUUCUUUUCUUGUAUCAAAUAAAUUGGCAAGCGCCCUGUCUCAGAUUCAGGAAUCAAUUCUAAUUAUAAAGUUGUUAAUGCAUUCAAGCCUGCCUAAAGAAAAUGUGGGAGUUCGUAGUUUAAA